GUGUUGACUUAUCGCGACCCUUCCCUAUAGGUAUAUUAUUAUACUGUUUGCUUACGCAUUACGCAUGCAUUUGUGUUAGAGCCUAGAGGAUGGUAGUUUGUAAACAUUACAUUAAUUAAGAAGUAAGUUAUUACCAAUUAUAAUAAUCAGAAAAUGUUAAGAAGGUUAAAAUUGAAACAGCUUAAUACAGCUUACGUAAAUUAUGCAACAAGAGUGGAAAUCGAUAGCAGCAUUCGUGAGAAUUUUGAAACGCAGCAGUUUAAGCCGCGAAACCACCCAGGUAGAACUAAAGUUAAAGUCGCUAGAAUACCACCCGACAUUGAGAAAGCUAUAAAAAUUAUUCUCGAAGAGAACGGUGCUAAGUCGUAUCUGUCGGAAACUAAACAAUUAUCAAAUUAUUUGAAUUCAAGGCAUCUCCCUCCUGAAGAGAAAGAAAUCACUGAAAAAGCAGCAAAGAUACACAAAACAGUUUCACACAGAGUUUACUCGAAAAUCAAGCAGGAACUUACUGAAGAUGAGAGAUUAGGGAAUGAGAGACAAAUACAAAAUACAGUGUUUAAUUUAUUAAAGAGAAAUAUAUAUUCUUGGGGUAAUAUAUCAUUUGACAAUCCAACCUGUUUGCAAUAUUUAAUGUGUAGAGCUGCUCCUGAGUAUGCCAUUCUAGUACGCAUCCUUGAUGAAAUCAAACGGAAGUUACCUGAUUACAAACCAAGAAGUUUCUUUGACUUUGGUUCAGGAGUUGGCACAGGCACCUGGGCAAUGAACAAAUAUUGGAAAGGUGACAUUUUUGAAUAUUUCACAGUGGACACAUCACAGAAUAUGAAUGAUUUAGCACGACUUAUACUUUGUCAAGGGAAGGAAAAUGUUGCUAUGCCAUUUAAAGCAUAUUUCCAGAGACAGUUCCUACCAGCCUCAUCAGACAUUAAGUAUAAUAUUGUUUUAUCUGCUUUUUCAUUCUUUGAAUUGCCAAGCAUGAAGAGUCGGUUGGAGACAAUACAAACUUUGUGGAAUAAGACUGAAGAUUUCUUAAUUAUUGUAGAACAAGGCACUAAUGCUGGAUUUCAAGUUGUGAAUGAAGUACGGGAAUUCAUAUUAAAUUUGAAGGAUAGUCGGUUGAAAGGUCAUGUAUUUGCUCCAUGUCCUCAUGAUACAGUUUGCCCAAGAUUUCUAGAGCAGAAGACUCCAUGUAACUUUCUUAUGAAGUAUGAAACCUUAGGGUUUCCAUCAAAAAUAGAGCUCCAAGGGGAAUUGUUUACAUAUGUAGUGUUAAGGAAAGGUGAACGUCCAGCAAAUGACACACAGUGGCCUCGGAUAGUGAGAGCUCCCAUUGUCAGGUCCGGUCACACUAUUUGUAGACUUUGUACAGCCGAGGGGGACCUGAAAGAGAUCAUAUUUUCUAAAGCGAAGUAUGAUCAGAGUACAUAUUGGUGUGCAAGGUCUAGUAACUGGGGAGAUGAGCUGCCUGUGAAAUAGAUACUUUUCAAGAUA